AUGUCAACAGCUGAGAAUAUAUUGCUAGAUUCCGACAUUCGAGAUUGGGUGGUCCUCCCCUUGUUUGUCAUCAUGGUCGCAGCUGGACUCCUUCGUUUUCACAUGGGAAAUGUUUUGAAACCAGACCCAAAGCAAGGCACCAAAGUAACCCAACGCAUUCAGUCAUCAGUGAGGGCAGUGGCCAUUCUCAAAGGAGGAGCCGUGCAUUUUCUGUCAACUUCCAAGCUUGAAUCUCGAAAAUUGGCAUACCCAAAGCUGUUGCGAGCCCAAGCUAUAUGGUGCGAGAAUCACUUGGAUGAACAGGAUGCAGCAGGCGAGAAGAAUGGAGGAGAAAACGAUGAUGGUGAUAUGCCGAAUCCCUUUUCUUCCAUGGAGGGGAUGAUGGGAAACAUGGCAUUCAUGGUUCAAAAUAUGAUCAUGAUGCAAGCAAUUCAACAUUUCUUCUCGGGAUUCAUUCUACUCAAGGUACCAUUUCGUCUAACCUUGGGAUUCAAACAAAUGUUUCAGCGUGGAUUAGAGGGUCUUGCUACUUUGGAAACUUCUUAUGUCAGUAGCAUUAGCUGGUACUUUCUGGUCAUGUUUGGACUGCGAGGAUUUUUCAAGUUAGCGAUUGGAUCACCCGCUUUGGAAACCCAAGAAACGCACCAGGCUUGGCAAAAAUUGGGGAAGCAACCGCCUGGACGACCCGGUACCACUGCUGGAGCUGCUGACGAUGAUAAGCAGAUCGAAAUGUUGGAGCAAGAGGCAGAUAACUUGGAGAUGCUCCUUCCGACACAAUUCAAAUCCAACCUCGAUCAGGUGGAGAAACGACUUCUCCAAAACAAUUACCCUAAGAAGAAAUCAACAAUUGCCAAGAACGACUUUCUUUUGCAUCAUUCGGUUGGAAAAAACAAGUCCAAAAAGAAUUAA